AUGUUCUUGUACUCACGGUCUGGAAACGUCUCCAAUACGCCUCAGCUAGGGACGAAGAAUGAAGAUGAUGAGGGCGGCAAGGCCGGCCACAACCUGAAGGGCGACAAUGCCGCCCAGCACUCGUUUCAGAUUAUCGUGGGAACCUUCUUCGUCGUUGCGUUUCUUUCCAUUUCGCGCUUCAACGUCGAUGCUGUGCGCGCUGGUGCUGCUGCGCCUGUACCACGCCAUGGUUUUGACGGAUGUUCGGGGGAGAGAUGGUGGACGGAGGUCGAUUUACAUGUCAUUAACAAGCGUCAAGUAUUACCAGACAAGAGCGGAGUGAGCGGGAACGAUGAUGGAUUUGGCCUAUACGUAUAUAUCUUUCUUAGGGCGCGCGAUCAAGGCCGAUUUUAG